UUAAGCCCAAAAACCCAUCGACGAAACCAGUCUCGUUCUCUCUCUUCGUUCCCUCGGCCGACCGGGAGAACUCAGUCGAAGCUGAUACGGAUCCAAAUCUUCUCAUAUUCAACGAACGUUGUAGCCACAGUCAUUCACAGAAUAUAAUUUUCUUUCAAUUUCUCAGCGGCGAAACAGAUCGUCACUGCACUCGCUCGGGCACGAUCUGCAAUUUUAUUGGAUUGGAUCCACAAGUGUUCCGGGGUAGACAAGUAGAAAGGAAACUAUGAUCGGGGUAGGGAAGAUCAAGCAAUACUCUAACGUGCUUGACAAACCCCUUAGCAAGGGCAAACAGGAGGUCAGUUUAAGUGCUUUCGCAUUCUUGUUCUCAGAGCUUGUUCAGUACAAUCAGACACAGGUUGACAACAUUGCUGAAUUGGAACGGAGGCUUGAGGAUGCUGGGUAUGCUGUUGGUGCUCGAGUUUUAGAACUUCUUUGCCAUAGGGAUAAGGGGAACAGAAGAGAAACAAGAUUGUUGGGUAUUUUAUCUUUUGUACACAGUACCGUAUGGAAGGUGCUAUUUGGAAAGGUUGCUGACUCACUUGAAAAGGGCACUGAACAUGAAGAUGAAUACAUGAUCAGCGAAAAAGAGCUCCUUGUGAAUAGAUUCAUUUCAAUUCCAAAGGACAUGGGUACAUUUAAUUGUGGGGCAUUUGUUGCUGGAAUUGUAAGAGGUGUUUUGGACAGUGCAGGUUUUCCAGCAGUAGUUACAGCUCAUUUUGUACCCGUCGAAGGUCAGCAACGACCACGAACGACCAUUUUGAUAAAGUUUGCUGAAGAGGUUCUAGUGAGAGAAGCAAGGUUAGGUUGAUGUUUGUCGCAGAUCAUCACCGUGUGUUUCUUGUCAACACGCUGCGACAUAUUCAAUGAUGCGAAUCUUGAACCAGUCAGCUGCAAUCGUGAAUUUUUACAACCAAAUACUGUCGAUCAUCCUUGUGGGACUUUGAGCUCUCUUUGAUUUAUUCCAAUAUUUGCACAUUAACUCAUGGAGAUUGUUAUUUACUGAUAGUGAUUAUGAAAAGGUCGCUGAUGUAGAGUACAUGUUGCAUCAGUUGGUGUUUCGAUGGGUUUGAAUGGAUUGUUUAACUAGAGGAUAUUGGCAGAUAAAUAUGUAUUUAAACUUUACAGUCAGUCAAGUGAUCCUUCCGGGCGGAAA